AUGGCACAACUCAGCGUCACCUCCCCACCCUCGCGACCGCCCUCCUCCUACUCGCAAGCCUACAGCCACUCCAACUCGCACCUCCGCUCCUCUCCUUCGGACUCGGGUUCCGAACCAGACGAUGGCACUGGUCCCCUCCCCUUCCCCGCCGCCCUCUCCCGAUUGGAUUUCCUCGCCCCCGACUUCGACGCAGCAGCCUACCUCUCAGCACUCCACACCGGCGGGCCAGCGUCGCGACACCAGACCCUCGAGGACCUGCGCUCGGAGCUUCGCGACCGCAGCGCCGCCAUCAGCGCCGAGUUGCUGGAGUUGGUCAAUGCGAACUACACUGCCUUUUUGAGCUUGGGCGACGAACUGAAGGGCGGGGAAGAACGGGUGGAGGAUGUCCGGGUUGCGCUGCUGGGGUUUCGGCGGGCGGUCGAGGAAAUGCAGGGGAGGGUACGGGAGCGGAGGAUGGAGGUGGGUAGGGUGAAUGCCGAGUUGGCGCGUGUGAAGGAGGCAGUGGAGCUCGGGAGGAAAAUGUUGGAACUGGAGGAGAGGGUUGCCGGGUUGGAGGAGAGGUUAGCGGUUGGUGACCUAGUGAAGAGGGAACGGAAAGAUGUCGGGAACGGCAAUGAGGCAGAGGAGGAUUGGGGGGAUAAUUUCAACUUUGCGGAGAGUGAUGAAGAGGAUGAAGGAGAAGAGGAGGAGCUCGGGUUUCUCAGCAGCAGCCCUUCGAAAUUGGCUGGGCUGGUAAGGGAGUACUCCGUUGCUGAACGCAUCGCAGACUCCGUCGGCCGAGAUCUGCCGUUUGUGAAGAAGACCGAGGGGAGGAUGUCGCGAUGUCGGAACACAAUAUUGCUCGACUUGAGCACAGCGUUGAAGGAAGCUCGCAAAGCCGGACCCAAAGGCCAAGGGCGCGUCAUCCAAUACCUCGGGAUAUACAGGAGUCUUGAUGCCCAAGCCGAGGCGGUCAAAGUGCUGAAGGAAAAAUAA